GCCAGUUAAAGCGACGUCCCAGAACUUGGGAUUUGGGUUUUGGGAUAUAAUAUAAUUGGAAUGUGUCAUCCGGCUGUCGCGUUGCAUUAGCUCAACCUAUUCGGUGCGUGUUUUCGAUAGAGGCUGUGGACAUAUUAGACGAUAAAUGUACACCGUAACAGUGCUCGACUGUCCCGUGGUAAAACUCUACAAAUGAUAACGGUGCCGCUUGUCUUGAGCAAAACGAUUUCACGUAAUUUUCUGCCUGCCGGCCACUUGAACUGUUCGAACCACUGGGAUAACCACCCAUCAACGGCCGAGAAAUGACAGUUGCGGAGUUUUUCGGAUGCGCCCUCCUAGCGUUUGGACCGCCGCUAGCGAUGUUCUCCUUCACCAUCGCCGUUGAACCGAUAAGAAUAAUAAUCCUCAUUGCAAGCGCCUUUUUCUGGCUGAUAUCCCUCCUCCUCUCCUCUGCUCUCUGGUACGCUGUUGUACCACUCCAGAAGGAGCUUGCCUUCGGGCUCGUCUUCUCGGUGCUGUUUCAAGAGGCGUUUCGAUACUUGCUGUAUUGGGUACUGAGGAAGGCCGAACGCGGCUUAGAGAAGAUAACGACUGCCCACGUCGCCGACAGCAGACAUGUCUUCGCCUAUGUUUGUGGCCUGGGAUUUGGAAUGAUGAGCGGUGCCUUUGCCCUUGUUAAUGCACUCGCUGAUGCGAUCGGCCCGGGAACGAUGGGGCUGCGCCAAGGAUCCGAGCACUUCUUUAUGAUAUCUGCAGCCACAACGCUGUGUUUCAUCCUCCUCCACACGUUCUGGGGGAUCAUAUUCUUUGCUGCGCUGGAUCGGCAAAGUAAAGCCCAUAUUGCAUGGGUCGUAGGAUCUCAUUUGUUCGCAUCCUGCAUGACUCUGCUUAAUCGAUAUGAGAUCUACGUUGUCAGCCUCAUAUCGGCUUAUUCCGUCCUGGUUACCUCUGUAUUUCUAGCGUUCAGAAUGGUCGGUGGAAAUGCAGACAAUAUAUCUAAAUGUUUUUCAAUGAACUGAGAGUCAAUUCUAGAAGGAAUUGAACGAUGUUAAACUGUAUAUGGAUUACUCAAAGAUUACAGAUGCUAAUUAAAGUUUGGGGUGUGUAAACAAAUGAUGAAAGAACACGGCGGCGUUAUCCAACUUACAAUUAGACGAGCUUAAUACUUCAAUACUUGGAGCUGUUACACGUUGUAUGCCGUCGUGAAGACAUGACAGUUGAAUAGAUGGUAAAACUAAACUUUGAAGAAAUUUUUCACGAAUUUAUUUGCAUCACUAUUUCCAAGAGCCAAUGAUGCUCAAAUUGUAAGAAAUUGCCACGUGACAUACUAUUGUAUUGUCUUGUGGCGUUUUUUCAAUGGCAUGUUUUGCUCUGUUUCCUUUUUACUUCUAUUUCCUUUUCUAACCAACAAAUGCUAGAUUUCGAUAAUGUGUGAAGGAAAAACAAUGCAAAACUAAGUAGGAUUAAUGAUUGAAAUUUUUCAGUAUUUUGUGUAAUGGAUAGAGAUUGUCCCCAUUGAAUAAAUUUCCUUGAUUAUUUCGUACACUUAUUCUUAGAAGUUGAAUAAUUCAUUGGGAGAUAUUUUAAACAGGUCUUAAUUAAACUAUGAAAACUGGUAGAGUUAUUUGUGUCUGAUCUUUGAGGCAACGGUAUUUUCUGCAGACGAAUGAGAUGUGUUUAUCACAUUCGUUGAUGCCGAAUUGAAAUGAAAUAAUAUGUUAAAAUAAUGAUUGUUUAUUGAAAAUUUGCUCUGAUAUCUCGAAUGAUGGCCUGAUUUUACGUGAAACCUCAGUUUUAAAUACUUAGAAAUAGUGUUUUUAAGAAACAAUGUAUUGAUACAAAAAUCACGAGGGAUGUUGGUGAGUUUUCUCUCAAAAGUGUAUAUCGUAGAAUAUUGUUUAAGUAGAACAAUUCUGUGAAGAACAACCUUGACCUUUUGCACCAUGUUUUGUGCUUCACCUGCUGAUUUACAAUAAUUAGUUAAUUAAUAUAAUUCAUAAAAUUGCAUUUUGUAUGCUAUUCGAAUAAAUACUUUUUUAUAU